AUGGCCUACUUCCCUCUCCGGCCCAGCACCAACCCUUCGGCGGCUUCUGUGCCACUGUCAACAAUGACGACGACGACGACUACCACGACCCCCGCAAGGAACAAAUCGAGAAGCCGGAGCCCGACGAAGCGGGCUAAGAACCCUGCAGAUCUCCAGCUCUCUGCGCUUCCGGUACAAUAUGUGACGAGCCAGGACAUCAGCAAAAUGCCUGAUGAUGUGCAGUCGCUCAUCGACAACGUGUAUGGCAUCGUCUCCGUAGCGGGGUCAUCCCGGAUCAUCCCAAGCGCGGUGAAGGAGCAUGAACAAAUGUCCGAGGCCGUGUGGAACGAGCAAGUCCACAGCCGCCUGCUCGAAGUCGGGCUCCAGCCUUUCCCUUCGCAGCUGGACUAUUACAACAUCACGGCCGCCGACAUCCACCCGGACUUCCUGUCGCGGGAUGCGACGCAAACAACCUCGUUGCAAGGCAAGCGCGUGAACUACGCUAUCGUUCUCGACAACGAGGCGACUCGCCAGCAUUGCGUCGAGCUCCUCCGCGAGAAAACAUUAAGCAUAUGCUCCUCCAUCAACCACACAGAGCAGUCGUCGCUCCACUUCCGGCAGCUGGCAGUCAGCAUCGAGACCUAG